AUGCUAGAGUUGUGCGAUGAGCGUCUUGAUGAACUCCUGAAAGAAGCGGCAGGUCGCCUGGCGACUAAGAAGUCGCCGAGCCCAAAGGAUUGCAACCUAAUCACGGUCUCGCCCACUGAUCCAACCUCAGAACCCAAGGGCCAGCCCAAGGUAAAAGACCAGAAGGGUCUCACACUUCGCGAUCCUAGACCGACAGAAGAAAAGACUAUUGAAAAUGCUGGUCCUGGUUGGUUUGGUAUCCCGAAGACGGACCCUAACGACCCUCAGUUGAAGCGAGACCUGCAAAUCCUGCACAUGAGAGGCACUGCUAUCGACCCCAAGCGACAUUACAAAAAAGAGUCUCUGAAGGCCAAAGUGCCUCGCUAUGCUCAUGUUGGACGCGUUGUUGAAGGCCCGACCGAAUUUUACAGUGCUCGCCUAACACGCAAGGAAAGAAAGCAGACUCUCGUAGACGAACUGCUAAGUGCUGAAAAGUCUACCGGCAAGUUUAAAUCCAAGUACGGGGAAAUUCAGCUAAAGAAGGCGAGCGGCAAGAAGGCCUUCUACAAAAAGCUUUUGCGCUCGUAUAGCAUAAGGAACCUCGAGUUCUUCGUCGAUUUUGCCCUUCGUGCUGCAUACUACCUCAAGCUUCCGGCCUUUGGCCCGGUGCCGCUCCCACGCAUCACAGAACGCUGGACAGUUCCUCGGAGUAGUUUUAUCUUCAAGAAGUCUCAGGAGAACUUCGAACGCAUUACCUUACGGCGUCUUAUCCAAAUCCGCGACGGCAAUCCAGAGACGGUGCAGCUGUGGCUAGCUUUCCUUCAGAAGCACGCAUAUUACGGCAUUGGUAUGAAAGCUAAUGUGUGGGACUUCGACAAACUUGGUGCCGGCAAGUCCAUGGAGGCUAUCGCCGAAAAUGCUUCCGAGGCCAUAGAGUCUAAGUGGAAACACCUCGCUCAGCACCGUAAUCUCGAUACUGUCGACAAGGUGGAGGAAUUCUUGGCUAAGACGAGGUUCAAUACCGACAGCGGUAAGCGGGCGGAGGGCGAGAGACGCUUCGUAGAGGGUCAGUACAAGCGAGAAAAGACGCUGAAGAAGAAAGCGGCGACGACGGAGACCGAGGGACCUUAA